CUCGUCUUCCAACUCAUUUCUACUCCGCGUUCCUUCCCCUCUCCUAUCGGCCGAAAGGUUCCGAUUUCUUUGACUUCGCCAUUCUCUCCAAUCGCCAAUCCUCUUCCCCUACCUUCUCCAUUCCGCCAUUUCAUUUCCAUUUCGCUUCCACCUGCUAUUCCUUCUCUCUCCGAUUCGCCCCAUUCGUCGCCGCCAACCAUGUACAUGUUGGUUGACUGUUCAAACUGCCGGACUCCUCUUCAGCUUCCGCCGGCGGCGCAAUCCAUCCGCUGCGCCAUCUGCCACGCUGUCACCCUCAUCGCCCAGCCUCGCUCCGCCGCCGCCGCCGCCGCCUCUCCUCUUCAGCAACACAAUAGCAACGAUCGCCUCUCCAACCGCCCUUCUCCUUCCCCUUACAACCACGCGCCACCGGGGCCCCCACCCGCCGCCCACGGCAGCAAGCGCGCCGUGAUUUGCGGCAUCUCUUACCGGAAGACCAAGCACGAGCUCAAGGGAUGCAUUAACGACGCCAAAUGCAUGAAGUACCUGUUGAUCAAUCGAUUCAAGUUCCCUGAAUCCUCCAUCGUCUUCCUCACCGAGGAAGAAACGGACCCGUACAGAAUCCCGACGAAGCGGAACAUGAGAAUGGCGUUGUACUGGCUGGUACAAGGCUGCAAACCGGGAGACUCCCUGCUGUUUCACUUCUCCGGCCACGGCUCUCAGCAGAGGAACUACAAUGGCGACGAGGUCGACGGGUACGACGAAACCCUCUGCCCCACGGAUUUCGAAACCCAAGGUAUGAUCGUUGACGACGAGAUCAAUGCGACCAUUGUAAAGCCACUCCCCGCAGGAGUGAAGCUCCACGCCAUUGUAGACGCCUGCCACAGCGGCACCGUUUUGGACCUGCCAUUCCUCUGCAGAAUGGAUAGCUGGACUGUUUGCAGGGGCGGAAAGUACGUGUGGGAGGAUCACAGGCCGCGAUCGGGAGCGUGGAAAGGAACGAGCGGAGGAGAAGUUGUGUCUUUCAGUGGCUGCGAUGACAAUCAAACCUCUGCUGACACAUCGGCUCUAUCCAAGGUCACUUCGACAGGGGCAAUGACAUAUUCAUUCAUUCAAGCGCUUGAGCGCGGGCAUGGCACUACGUAUGGCGACAUGUUGAAUUCGAUGCGGACCACCAUUCGCAAGACGAGUAAUGAGCUAGAUGGCGGUGGGAUCGUUACUUCUCUUCUCACCAUGCUGCUAGCCGGAGGCAGCCUUGGUAGCGGGUUGAGACAGGAGCCACAGCUGACUGCAAAUGAGCCAUUUGAUGUUUACUCCAAGCCUUUCUCAUUGUGACCCGGCUGAAAUAUUUGCAUAUUCCUUCCCACGAUGAUUGCCUUUUGCUUCUAAUAUCUCCCAGUGAAGAAGGCAUCUAUCAGUACAGUUGUGUAUAUGAGUAAUUACCAAUUUUCUGCAAUUUUCUUCUUCAAU